AUGCAAGUCGCGGCGGCUAAAAACAAGCCUUCUCCAAUUGGCAUGAGUUCCUUUCAUGGACAUCCGUAUCAGAUCGUGGUCUCCACGUCGUCCUUUGUGGGCUACCACCACUGUCCAGGCGCGUUUGCCAGGAUCACUCAGCUUAGGUAG